AUGAAUGACGCUUCUUCGUAUAUUGUCCCCAUGAAUACUAAUAACAUAAUCGAAUCCAAUAGAAAUAGUAUUACUGACAAACCGCAUAAUAAUAAACCUAUUACUAAGAUAGAAAUAUCACCAGGUGGAAGGUAUCUUGUUACUUAUAGUCAAGAAGAUCAUUCAGUUGUCGGUUGGAAUAUCGAAGAUGUAGAUGAAGGACAACUUAAAUCAAACGAUAGUGUCAAAAUAAAUUAUGAAAUAAACCAAAUAUGUGUUUCUGAUGAUAAGAAACUUGCAUAUAUUAAUAAUGACAGGACGCUUUUAAAUAUAAUCGACAUAAGAAAUAAUAAUCAAAUAAAAAUCGAUAUGAGAAAUUAUUAUCGUUUAAAAUCUUUUAUAGAAUACUUCAUCGACAUAAGAAAAUAUUUUAAACCAUAUUAUUGCACCUUUAAUUCAAAAGGAGAAUUUAUUUUAUUUGUUUUAUAUCGAGAAAGCCAUCUUUAUAUUUAUAUUUAUUCUACACAAAGUAACAAUAACGAUUUGAAGUGCAAAAGAAUUUACGAGUUGCCCGAAGAUUUUGAAUUAACUGAAUUAAUUACAAGAUAUGACAAACUUUAUUUAUUUUCGAAUGAUUAUGCCUAUGAGUGGAAUAGUAUUACUGGAAAUUUCAUAAGAAUGUUUUGGAUGAAAACAAAGGACGCAAAGGACGUGAGAAUUUCCAGUAAUGGUAUAUUUAUUUGUCUAAGAAUCGAGGAUGAAAUUAUUAUUUAUUCAAUUGAAUUAAGAAUUCCUAUCGCUACUUUGGAUAUAAACAAUGGUAUUGAUUUUUUUAAAAAAUUAAAACAUUAA